CACACGAGUAGCGUGUGAGUAUCGAUAUAUCGAUACCACAGGAUCGAUACGCCCAUCCCUAUCGUAUGUAUCUGUGUGGCUUCCUGUAGAGAUAGGUCAUCCACCUCACGGUUAUGCCCGACUCUUUAACCUCAGUCAACAGUCUCUACUGUUUCUGUCGUUGGUGAAUCCUGAUUGAUCGUAAUGAGUUUGGGGAGCUCAGACAUGACUGGAAGUGCAUUGGGAACUGUCUUUUCCCUCCUGCUCCUUGCCUCUAAUAUACAAGGUCGCUGGGAAGUUGAGGUGUUCCAUAAUGAAAAGAUGGAGGCAGUAGAGGGCCAGGACGUUACCUUACCCUGUACUGUAAAAAACAGUGCUGGUAUGCAGAUUGUCUCUAUUGAAUGGAGUAAGAGUAAUAACAACAACAACGAAAAGCUGGUUGUGUUUAAUCCAAUCUUCGGAGUCCACACAUUUUGGCCUAAUGUCACCAUCCAAAUUGAGAACAAGUCAAUGGGCUCCAAUCUAAAACUUUCUGGGGUGACAAAAUGGGACAGUGGUAUCUAUAUUUGUGACCUUUCAAUGUUUCCUAUGGGUUUCAUCAGGAGAGAAACAGAGCUAACGGUCAAAGGUCGCUGGGAUGUUGAGGUGUUCCAUAAUGAAAAGAUGGAGGCAGUAGAGGGCCAGGACGUUACCUUACCCUGUACUGUAAAAAACAGUACUGAUAGCCAGAUUGUCGGUAUUGAAUGGAGUAAGAGUAAUAACAACAGCAACGAAAAGCUGGUUGUGUUUAAUCCAAUCUUCGGAGUCCACACAUUUUGGCCUAAUGUCACCAUCCAAAUUGAGAACAAGUCAAUGGGCUCCAAUCUAAAACUUUCUGGGGUGACAAAAUGGGACAGUGGUAUCUAUAUUUGUGACCUUACAACAUUUCCUAUAAGUUCCAUCAGGAGAGAAACAGAGCUAACGAUCAAAGAUGCUGAUGUUAAAUUAAUGUGUGAUAACAAUAGCACAGUUGAGGUCCAUGCUGGAGGAAAUGUGACCAUUCACUGCACAGCGUCCCCUAAUGCACAGUUCUGGUGGAUCAAGAACAAGAUGCUGGUGUCAGAGAAUGAAUAUCUGGAGCUCUUGUGGGUGACUGAUGCUCACGCGGGGGUUUACACACUGACUGUCGAAACAGGAAGCAAAUAUCUGCACACAGAGUUUAUCAUCACAGUGGUAACAGCAACCACAAGCUUAAAGACAGAUUUUGCGACAGUGUCACCACAGCCUAAUGUUACUCAGGACGGUUUGACCGAAUCAGCAGACAGUGGCCUUACCACAUCACAGAGCAAUGGGCUUUCAACCAUUGACACCAACGUAACCUGGACCAUGAGUACGGACACUGACGUAACAGAUGGAGAGCAUAAAGUCUCUUAUACAAGUCAUACACAUAUCAGUGACACAUCAUCCCCUGCCACGCACACUGACCCCUAUCACUUCAACUACUCCACUGAUCAGGAGAUAAACACAUCCACCACUUCUGACCAAGCAGUGGCCAGCAAUCUAUCCACAACACAUAGUUAUGGUAGUACAUUGUCCACAUCCACGCAGGAGACGUUGCUUCCAGGAGUCAAUUCUUCAACUAGCCCAGAUGAAUCCAGCACCCUGAGAAACAUUACAGAAAACUCUGACAACUGUGAUACUGAUCGUGUACGGAGUCAUCUUUUGUUGGUGUUAACCCUCAUUCCACUGCUGGUAUUGAUCGCUGUGUUUGGCUUCCUCUACAGGAAACGAAUUAUAAAGGAGAGGAUGGAUCUACCGCCUCCGUUCAAACCCCCUCCUCCUCCAGUCAAGUAUACAUCUGCAAGACACUGUGAGAUUUCAACACAGCCUUUCCCCACUUCAAGGUGUAACUCUAUAUCAGAACGAUAUGACGCAAAAGUUUGUAUAUGAUGUUUGAUAUAUUGCACAAUGACAGUUGAUAAAUUGCAUGCAGUAAUUGUGGGGGUGCAGUGUAAGCUGUAUCCAGUUUUGAUUACAUGUAGAAUUACAAAAUGUAUUUUCCAUAGUAGUUGCAGGCAAAGGUACAAAUGUGGGUUGUGUGUGUAUCUGCGUUGGGUGGGGCCUUUGGUAUUGUGUAUAAAAUGUGUUUAUGGUUCUUAUUUUUUGUAUCAAAUGUAUUAAAAUUAAAGCAAUGCAAUAAUAAUAAUAAAUAAAUAAAUAAAUAAAA